UUUACACUCAAGAAAUAAACAUUACGACGGGCCCGUUCUGCAGGCAACAGCAGCAACAUGAACGUCGACAAGUUUCACCCGUUUCCAUUUCUGCCCACUAACAUCCACCCUGUUACAGAGGCCCGAGACUUCACCCCCUUUAUGGAAGGCUGCGUGCUGUUGAAACCUGACACUAAGGCCAUCAGAAACGGAGCGAUGCCCAUGAGGAGAUUCUGUGGCACCAUUCCAAUCGUUGGCGAAACCAAGCAGCCGGGACAGGAGCUGGCGCAAACUAUACCGGAGACCAUAGAUCAGACUUCCCAGAAGGUGGUGCCGGUCAAGAGGACCAAGUGGCAGACAACCCCAAAACAAGACAUCCAACCCAAGGAACAGAGACCGGAAGUCGCUGAGGUUCCGGGGAAUGUUCUUCAGGUCAAAAGGACUAGUAAACGAAAAGCAGUAAUAAAACCUGAGUCACUCACCAAGGCGCAAGGACUGGACAUCAUCGAGGUCUCAGCCAAAGGGUUGCCCGCUAAAAGGCCGAGACGCAAGUCCAACGUUAAAGCGGAUGUCCUCGCCAAGGAACCCACCACCGAGUUGUCCGUCAAGGCCCUGCUGGCUAAAGUCCUAAACAGCAAAUACAGCGCAAAACCCGAAGUGGCCGUCGUCGCCAAAAAGCCUCAGGUAGAAGUCGCCGACGUGUCCGUCAAAGCUCUGCUGGCCAAGUUGACCACCAAGAGGAAGUCCAGCGUGAAAGCCGAAGUCCAAAAACAAACCAGGCAACCCGUGAAGAAUGUCGCCCAGAAGUCCGCCACCCUCCCGGCUUGUCCUUGCUGCCCGCCCGCCUUACAACCGGCCGACACCACCCGAACAUUGUUUGUGCAGAAGUAUCAGCAGCUAGAAAAGCUCGGGGAAGGAGGCUUCGGAUCGGUAUACGCCGGAUUCAGAAAAAGCGACUAUUUCCCAGUGGCCAUCAAAUACAUCCCCAUCGAAAAAGUGGAGAGCGUCUUUUUGUACAUCAACGGAAAAGUCCAGAAGGUGCCCUUAGAAGCAUGGCUCAUGCUGCAAGCAUCCUCGUUAAAAAACGCUGACGGCUCCUCCGCAGUCGUCCUGCUGUUGGACACGUAUGACCUAGAAAAAGAGCUGGUUCUGGUCAUGGAGAGGCCGGUACCUUCCGUGGACCUCUUCACGUUCAGGACCAAAUACAAACUUGGGCCGUUGGAGGAGUAUGAAGCAAAGAACAUCAUGAAGCAGCUUGUGGACGCUGCACUCAAAAUGCACGCCGUCAACGUUUUCCAUCGAGAUCUGAAGCAGAGGAACAUCUUGCUGGAGGCCACUUUCAGUCUCCCUCGAGUACGCCUCAUAGACUUCGGCUGCAGCUGCUUCGUGAACGAAGAACCUUAUCGAGAAUAUGCCGAAUACGUUUUUAAGCGGCCGUACAAGGCCGGCCCGGCCACCGUUUGGCAGCUAGGCGCGCUGCUCUUCGAAUUACUGGACGGAACCGAACGUUUUGAUACACUCAUGUUCCUCUUUAAGGGCCUCACGUUGAACCGAGUACUAUCUCAAGAUUGCAAAGACUUCCUAUGGAUUUGCUUAACAUCAGACAUGGAGCAGCGAGCCACAUUGGAGCAGAUGCAGUGGCAUCCGUGGCUACUCUGA